CACGGGCCGGGCCAAAGGCAGAAGGAAGGCCGCACCGUAAGGGACACUUCGUCCCUUGGGAAGCCCCCCGGCAAAGCCCCCGGCUCCGAUCGGCCCUCGGCGGCCGGACAGACGGCAGUCAUGGAGGCGCUGGCGAUAAUCGCUCUGGCCAUGAACAUCUGGGCUGGCGCAGGUUUCCCCGUGUACGACUACGACCCAGCAAUGAUGAGAGAAGCUCUCCGGGCCUCCGUGGAAAAAGUGAACUCCCAGUCUCAAAGCCCAAACCUGUUCCGGGCGUACACGAGCUCAAUCAAAAGAGUGAACUUCGUGAAUGAGAACGAGCUGACCAUGGACAUCGACUUCAGGAUCCGCGAGACCGAGUGCGGGAAGGAGGCCGGAGGCCCGGCGAGCGCCUGCGCCUUCCGAAGGGACCGCUCCGCGCUAACAGCCUCCUGCAGGAGCACGGUGCAGAUCUCCAGGGAGCAGGUGCAGAACGUGUGGGUGCGCUGCCACCGCGCCUUCCCCGGCUCCGAUUCUAGUAGCAGCGAAGAGAUUUUUGGGAGCCGGCUGGGAUCGUACAACUGGAGAAGCUACCACGUGAGAGAUAUGGACAGCGAUGAGUCCAGCAGUGAGCCCCUCUAUCAGAGGUCACUGGGUAUCAGGGACGUGUAUAUAGUUCCUCCUCGAAGCAGAAGACGCCAGAAUUAUCGAAAUCGGUUAAAUGGCCAUAAUGAGUGAAAUGGCGGCAGCGGGACGGGUGCCAAGGAGCGCGGAGGCGGUACAAGGCCCUGACCCCGAAGUUCAGGCCUGCCGGGUUCUUGUGGGUUUUGUCACCUCCCUUCCACAAUAAAGGCCUCCUCCUCCAUUGUU